GUCGGAAGAGCGGAAAUUUCAAACAUGAAUUGCUGCAACAGUUCAGUAAUAAGAAUAGUAUGCCACAUCAAUGGUCAUUCAACUGCAUGCAAUGUCCAGUCAGCAUAUACUUGCUAUGGAAGAAGACAUUACAGAUCCUGAUAUUUCCUAAACAUGAAAAAAUUAACAGAGUCAUGGCGCCAACAAAAACCAUUCACAGGAGUGCGCAAAGCCUCCAAUGAUUCAGCGUCUAAUGUUCUCUCACAUUCAGGAAGGAAGAGGCUUGGGAGGAUCCCAAUUAACCCAGGAGCCAUUGCUACAGGAAAGGGUUCUGAAAAUGGCAGCAAGAAAACUACCCCAACACAAUCUGUUAGAAAUGGUGGCUCCAAAGAUGCUGACAUCAGUUCAUGUCUCAGCUCCUCCUUUGGACUUGAACUCGACUCUGACUUCAUGUGUGCAGUUGAUAAAAUGGAAGCAGAUUAUCAAAUGGGAAGUAAGGGAGCCCCCAUCUGCAGUACACCAGUGGCAAAGUUAACGGACGAGAGAAAAGGAACGCCUGUUACAGACAAACAAAGUGUUCGAAAAGUUGCUGUUUUGAAUUCUGUAACCCAACAGAAGCAUACCAAAGCAGCUGUGUCUGUCAGUGAAUCAGACAACAAGACAGAAGGGAUUGAAUUGAAACAAGCUAGCAUUGAAAUAAAUUCAAAAUAUACUUCCUCACGAUAUCAUCAUAAUUGUGGAUCUGGUAAUUCCAGCAAGACGCACACACCUACUAAAACCAUGACAGGAAAAAGAACCAGAGCCACAAAAAGUUCCACAAAAUUACAAACUGCAAAGACUAAAUUCUCUCAGCAGAGUCAAGAUUCAAUCCAAAUUCUGACCCCGACACAAAGCCCAGCAGACAAGAAACACUGCAGUGGUCUGGAGAAAGGAAAAAGUACGAUGAGUAAGGAGAAACCCAUUCAGGCACUGUUCGCAACAAUAAACUCCUAUCAGACACCACCCAUGACUGCAACAGCCACAGUAGCUUUGUGCCCUGACUCUUCCAGCCCCAACCCCCAGGAUUCACAGCGGCAGGUCCGGAGGAAGGGAGACAACUGUGGAAAGGAAGCGAUGGACGAGGCAGUCAGGGAAAAGGACAGGAUGAGAAAAAGUGGAAAUGUAGACACCAGUAAUAACAAACAAUCCUCAAAUAUUCAAACGUCUGUCCCCCUAACUGAAGUUGGGAACAAAAUGAUUGUAGGAUCGAGUUUGAGUGAUCUUCAGAAUGUGGAAAAGUUAAAACUUAAUGGGAAAUCAGGGCUAAGCAAGUCUAAGUCCGUAAACUCAGAUAUUUGUGGCAGUAGUAAUGUGAACUGUAAGGAGAAUGCCAGGACCAAACGCUCCCCUUCAUCCAAAGCAUUAAUUACCCCAAAGUCAGGUCCCAUAUGCAAUCAACAGGAACCUAAACCAGCGACUUGUUCUGGAAGUGAUAAGACGAAGAGUCCUGCUGGUAGCGAUAGUACAGAAUCCAAUGGGAAAACAGAUGUGAGCUCGAUUUCAACAGAUGCGGCAUGUUCAGACAAAGGUGUGGACCCCAGCCAGCUGUUGCUCUCUGCGUGGGGACUACCCGAGGCUGUGCUGACACAAUAUCACCGCUUGGGUGUCAGGCAGAUGUUUGAGUGGCAGGCCCAGUGUCUCUGUACUGGAAAUGUUCUCAAUGGAGGUAAUUUAGUGUACUCAGCCCCCACCAGUGCAGGAAAGACAUUGGUGGCUGAGCUGCUGAUAUUGAAGAGAGUGUUGGAGACCAAGAGGAAGGCUCUCUUCAUCCUGCCCUUUGUGUCUGUCACCAGGGAGAAGAUGUUCUCAUUGCAGCAACUGUACCAGGAUGCGGGAGUGCGAGUCAGUGGGUUCAUGGGCAGCUACUCUCCCCUGGGCUUCAGCAGCGUGGACGUGGCUGUCUGCACCAUAGAAAAGGGCAACAGCCUCAUCAACAGACUCCUGGAGGACAACAAGCUGCACAAGCUGGGAAUCAUUGUGGUGGAUGAGCUGCACAUGGUGGGAGACUCUCACCGCGGCUACCUGCUGGAGCUGCUGCUCACCAAGAUCUCCUAUGUCGCCAACAGAGUCAACACUAACACAAAUGCAGAGUCCACUCUGACAGAAGACCAUGUCCAGAUAGUAGGUAUGAGUGCCACAUUGCCUAACCUUGACCUUCUGUCCCGCUGGCUGAAGGCCGACCUGUACAAGACUGACUACCGACCAGUGCCCCUCACCGAGAGCGUCAAGCUGGGGACCUCAGUGUUUGACUCCCAAAUGAGGAAGCUGAGAGACCUUGACCCCAACCACACAUUCCCCGGCGACAGCGACCACAUCAUCCCGCUGUGUCUGGAGACGAUCCUCGCCGGCCACUCCGUCCUCAUCUUCUGCCCUACCAAGAACUGGUGUGAGAAGCUGUCGGAAACCAUAGCCAGGGAGUUCUAUAAUCUCAGGAAGGCGGCCAAACCUGCAGGAGGAGACUCUGACAAAGGGUUUGUGAGGGCGUCGUCCCUGGUUCGCCUCCCUCUGGACCAGACAGCCCUGAGGGACGUGCUGCUGCAGCUACAGAGGAGCCCCGUGGGGCUGGACUCCGUGCUGGGGAGGACCGUGCCCCUCGGUGUCGCGUACCAUCAUGCAGGUCUGACAUUUGACGAUCGUGACAUCAUAGAGGGCGCCUUCCGUCAGUGUUCUGUGAAGGUCCUGGUUGCAACCUCAACAUUAUCCUCUGGCGUCAACCUACCAGCCAGGCGUGUCAUCAUACGUUCCGUCAUGUUCCAUGGUAAAGUGAUAGACACCUUGACAUACAAGCAGAUGGUUGGUCGAGCUGGCAGGAAGGGCGUGGACACAGAGGGUGAGAGUGUGCUGGUGUGUAAGCCGAAUGAGAAGAGUCGCGCCAUGGAGCUGAUGAAGUCCGAGCUGCCUCCAGUGAGGAGUUGCCUCAUCCGGGAGGGGAGUGAGGGGCUCAGCUCCAGCAUGAAGAGGGCAAUACUGGAGAUUGUGGUUAGUGGUGUUGCAACAGCUCCUCAGGAUGUUGCUGCAUACGCGUCGUGUACGAUGUUAGCAGCCACUUCGGAGGAGCAGGACAACAACCAGUUGAUCGACACCUGCAUCAGCUUCCUCAGAGAGAACGAGUUUGUCACACUGAAAACUACUAAAAACAGUGAUGGCAGUACCAGUGAGAGAUUCUAUCCCACCCAGCUAGGUUCAGCAGUGCUUGCCUCAUCUCUCUCCCCGGACGAGGGACUGGCCGUGUUUGCAGAGCUGCAGAGAGCUCGACGCUGCUUUGUUCUAGAAGAUGAGCUGCAUGUCAUAUAUCUGGUGACCCCUAUCUACUCCGGGGAGGUGUCGGCCAACAUAGACUGGUACCAGUUCUACUGCAGCUGGGAGAAGAUGCACCCUAGUCGGCGCCGUGUGGCCGAACUCGUUGGUGUGGAGGAAGGCUUCAUUGUCAAGGCAGUCAGAGGACGCAUUGUCACCAAGACAGCUGCUCAGGCUCGGUCUGUCGCCAUUCAUCGGAGGUUUUACACCAGUCUAGUUCUGCUGGAUCUUGUACAGGAAGUUCCACUGAAUGAGGUCGCCAGGAAGUACAAUGCCAACAAAGGUCAACUUCAGUCUCUGCAGCAAUCCUCUGCUACUUUUGCAGGUAUGGUGACUGUGUUCUGUGGCCGCCUUGGAUGGUACAACCUGCAGCUGAUCCUGUCACAGUUCCAGAACCGACUGACCUUUGGCAUCCAGCGCAAGCUGUGUGACCUGGUCCGCAUCUCCCUCCUGAACGGGCAGCGUGCCCGCCAACUGUACAACGGUGGCUAUCAGACAGUUGCCUCCCUUGCUAACAGCAACACACAGGAUGUGGAGAAUCUGCUUAAAACAUCCUCACCAUUUCAAAGUUCCAAGAGACAAGACAAUGAAAGUGAGUGGGAGAUGGAACAGAGAAAGAAGGCUCGCAGUAUCUGGCUCAGCGGCAAGAAAGGGGUGACAGAAGCUGAGGCAGCAGCUGCCAUCAUAGAAGAGGCCAAAAGCAUCAUUCAGGCUGAGUUAGGAGGUCUCGGCAUCCAGUGGAAGCAGCAAGGUCCUGAAGCUGAAGCUGAGGCAGAUCAAACAUCAGACUCCAGUGUAAGAGAGGAGCAGGAUAGGACUGGUAAUGUGAAGGUGUGUGUCACCAGACCAGGAUCUCACAAUGAGAGCAGUGUUGAUACCCCAUCUUUGAAUCAGGGAUCAACUCCUGGCAGGACACCAUCAACUUCAGGAAGGACACCAUCAAACCUCAGCAGACAGCAUGGGGCAAGGGCAGGGAGUUCACGGUCAGGAGGCAGGCUAAGUUCAGGGUCACGAAACAGGGUGAAGAGGAGGACAGGGUCUUCUUUGAUUUCUCCUGCAAGGAACAACUCAGGCGGGACUGGAGCCAGCAACAGUUCUGUCUCAAGGAUAACACUUCUCCCAAGUUGGGAACAGGGAGAGGCACUGUGGAACAGACAGAGACAAUCCAUUUCAAAAACAAAUUCAGAUGAACUACCUGUUGCAGUCCUUCCUGAUGGUGUGAUUAAUAGGUCUCCAAAUGUAAUUCCAUUAGAACCAGUGGUGACAAUAGAAAAACGACCAAGUGUAAAUGAGGACAACUUGACCGAAGAUUUGUUCACAGAUUCAUUCACCUCUCAGAUGAUUCUGGAUGUCAAAAACUCUCCGAAUAUCCCACAACAAUCCCAAAUCUCGAGUCCAGAAAACAGUGCCGAACAUCUAAAGCUGUAUCAGGGAAAGGGAGCUGUUACUCAUGGCACACCAAGUCAUGGCUGCAUGCCUCACGGACAGAGUUGUGUUGGGUCUGUGAGUAACAGAACAGAGUCCAGUAAACAAACUGAAGCCCUGGUUAAAGAGACAAGCCCUCCACUGUACACUGAAGAGGGGGUUCAGGAUUUCAGUGGUUCUGAUACAUUGAUAUUACAGUUGGAGAGCUGCCCACCAACCCACAGAUCAUCUUCUGAAUCCCAUGACAAAGAGAAUGGUGGUUCUGUUCAUGGACAGGGUGAAGGGUUGGUAAAGAAAGGGACUACUUCCUGUAAUGUGAUUAGUGCUCAACAAACAGAGACAAGUCCUGUAAUGUAUAGUGAGGAGGGCGAUAAGGAUUUUAGUGGUUCUGAUGCUUUGAUUCUGCAACUGGAGAGCUGCCCACCUACCCAGAGCAUUAAAUCCCCUUCAGAGACUUGUGACAAUGGGAAAAGAGUACCUAGUGGGCCAACAUCACCGCUAUGUGACAUGGAUGAUUCUACUGGUUUGAUUCCGGCCAGCAACUAUGAGAGGAUAGCCUAUCAAGAAGAUGCAUUCAUGGACUCCACAAUGUUUGAGACAUCUUACACUGAGCUGAAGAUUCCAGACAAGCAUCCUCAAGACAACAGAGUCACCAAGGUCACUGUGAAGGUCACCCAUUGUGAUAACAAAGCUGUGGAUCAGAUCUCAGAAGAUAGAACAGUCUGUCCUAGAGGAUCAUGUGAUAAUGUUGUACGGGUAGAGAUUGGUCUGAAGAUGAGGAAGACGCCAGAUGAAUCUCAUACAGGAGCUUUACAAGAUCAUCCUGGAGGUCAAUGUGAUACUGAACAGAUGCUACAGAAUAGGGAGAGGCCAGAGAAACCUGCUUCAGAACAUCCUGGCCCGGUGUCCUGUGACUAUGAUGAGCAGCUGCUGCAGGGGGAUCUGGCAGCUGCCCUCAACAUGACAGACUCUUUUUCUUGCUCUCUCCUCAACAGUCAGAAAGGAGCAGGGAAGAGUCACAGCAAAACUAUGAAAGCUCCUGUUGCCCAAAACCUUGUCAGACAGGCCCAAACUAAGGCAGGUCUCCCCAGUACUAGUCAGUCUUGUGAUUUGUCAAAGAAAGGUAACUGUGAUAAAGAAACUAUUAAGAUUCAGUCAAAGCAUUCUGUGAAAAGGAAUAAUGGAAAGGUACUAGCAAGGUCACCUUUAAUGGAAUUUGAUGAUCCAGAUAACAUUUUUGGAGAUUCUUUAUCAUAUUCCAUGGUUGAAAAACUUUUUGAUGACAACAAGGCCAAAUCGGGUAAUAUGGAUUCAAACUGUGAUAACAAAACAACGACUGAGUCAGAUAAACCAAGAGGUGAUACUUUGCCCAAGAGGAAAAGGAAGAGUGUGGAGGCACAGGCUUCUACACCAAAUAUUUCUCGGAAGCAGAAGAAAGAUGAACCGACACCUGGACUGGGUACAUCACACAAUGACAGCAACGGCAGUGACUGCCUCCCACCAACACCACCUGAUGGAAACAAGGUCAUCAUGUCACCAUGUCUUAGGGUGACGCCAGCUCGAAGCUGUAGAAAGGCGCCCCUCAGUGCCUCAGUCCUCAAGACACAGGCUGGUAAAUCUGCUACUUCUAAGAAGAAACCUUCAGGUCCAGUAAAGAAUAUUCUAAAAGAUGAUAAUGAUCCUGGAAUGAAAGGCAAAUCAGGAGGAUGUGACACAGAUGCUGAGGCUACACAUGACAGAAAGAUAAAGGAAUCUGGUGUUAAGGGUGCUUCUUCAUCUUAUCCUGAAGCUUCAUCAAAUGCACCACCUUCACAGUCCACUGGAGUAGGAGAUGCAGAUAUUCUGUUUACACAGGAGUCCUUUACCAUCAUUGAUGUGUGUGCAGAUCGUAGGCUGUUUGAGAGUUUCAUCACAGAAUGGCGAGGCAAGGGAGAGUACUCUCUGUGUGUUGCGUGUGAGAAGAAGCCGUCUUGUCAACCUCAGGCUGGUGUUGGUAUAGGAGGAAACUUCAUCAAGAACAGCAGGAAGUCAGUUGCCUCCCUUGUUCCUGGGAUUGAAGUGGAUGGUGACGUCCGUGUCAUUGUGGGUGUGGCAGUGUCCUGGGAGAACAGGGACGCCUACUACAUCUCUUUCUCCACUGUCAGUGGCAUCAGUGACCCUGACGACACACUAGCCCCACCCCCUCUAGACACCAGUCUCUCGCUUGAGGAGAAGAUCAGCAGCAUCAAGUCAGUGCUGGAACACGGCCACACCCACUCAGUCACCCUCAUGUCCUAUGAUGUCAAGUCCCAGUACACUACCCUGGCUAGGGGAUGUGGCUUGUGUCUGGGAGGGCGUGUCCAGGACCCCCGUAUUGCCAGCUGGCUGCUGGACCCGGGGGCGAGGGAGAAGAACAUGCAGGGGCUCGUCACCAACUACCUGCCCCAAGAGGUCUUCAUGAUUGACAAUAUCGGAGGCGGGUUGGGGCUGGGGAGUGUAGGGCUGGCACCCCUACCCCCGGGCAGUGGACGAUACAGAGCCACGGUGGAAAGUGUCCUGACCAGGAGACUCAUGGCCUUCUUCAUGGAGAGGCUGAAGGACGAAGGGCUGACUGAAGCCUUCUGUGACGUUGAGAUGCCAGUUGUCCUCACCAUGGCCAGGAUGGAGCUCAAUGGAUUUGGUUUCAGUGAGACUGAGUGUGACAGUCAGAAGACUGUUAUGGAGGCCAAGUUGACUGCCCUUGAGAGUCAGGCCUACGAGUUAGCCAAACACCCAUUCUCCCUCUCUUCUACAGAUGAUGUUGGGCAGGUUCUGUUCGUGGAGCUACAACUCCCCAUCAAUGGUGACCCCAACUCUGCCCCCGUGACACGGACAGUGGGCCACCGCGGCCAGCGAGGACGUCAGAAGGCUUCGUACAGCACCUCCAAGGACGUCCUGGAGAAGCUGAAGCCCCUCCAUCCUCUUCCCGGGGUGAUCCUGGAGUGGAGGCGGAUCUGCAAUGCUCUCACCAAGCAGGUGUUCCCCCUUCAGAAGGAGAAGGUCCCCUGUCCGCACCUCAACAUGUUCCGCAUCUUCGGGGAGUGUCAGCUGCACACUUCAACAGGGAGAGUGUCCAUGUCGGAACCAAAUCUGCAGAACAUCCCUAAAGAUUUUGAAAUUGCUAUGCCAGAGUCCGCCAGCCAACACCAUCAACAUGCCAGCACUCAGACCAAGGGAGGUAAUUCUAAGUUGAGGCAGGUUCUCGGAGGCAAUCGUCAAGUUGCCAGGGUAAUGGAUACAGCACAGUCAGUCAGUGUGGCAGUCAGCAUGAGACAUGCAUUUGUUCCCUUCAAAGGUGGUGUUCUGCUAGCUGCGGACUACUCCCAGCUGGAGCUGCGGAUCAUUGCCCACUUGUCCCAGGACAGGAAACUCAUGUCUAUCCUCAACAAGGAUGGAGAUGUGUUCAAGCUGAUUGCAGCCCAGUGGAAGAACUGUUCUCCUGAUGACAUCACCAGCGUAGAGAGGGCCCAGGCUAAACAGGUGUGCUAUGGCAUGUUGUAUGGUAUCGGACCCAAGGCUCUGGGGGAGCAGCUUGGAGUUGAUGAGAACGACGCCUCUGUCUUCAUGGAAACUUUCAAGGCGAAGUACCCAGGCCUGCGGACAUUCCUGCGGUCCACCGUUGAGUCAUGUCUACAACAUGGCUACGUCCAGACCAUCUCAGGCAGGAAGAGGUACCUCCCGGCCAUCAAGGAUGUCAACCCACACUCCAGGGCACAGGCAGCGCGUCAGGCUGUCAACACUACAGUCCAGGGCUCAGCUGCAGAUGUGGUCAAGGCAGCCAUGAUACAGGUGGAGCUGGAGCUGGCCAGGGUCCUGCCGGAGAGUGGACGGUCACACCGAGUGUCUCGUAGGUGGACAGAAACACAAAUGAGUGGACACAGGCUUCCAUCCAAGGCCGGUGACAUUCCCAAGGGAGCAUUCCUUGUGUUGCAACUGCAUGAUGAACUCAUUUAUGAAGUCUCCCAAGGGGAGGUAACUCUAGCAGGUCAAGUGAUCCAGCUGCACAUGGAGACUGCUACCAAACUCUCUGUGAAGCUACCAGUGAAGGUCAAGGCUGGGGCCAGCUGGGGGACUCUGGAGGAGAUACUCUUGAAAUAACAUGGAGAUAGACUGUGUAACUGUAUGCCAAACAGAAUUGUCUUGAAGGGCUAGAUUUCACAAGCAUAUUGUUCACAGAUUUGUCAGGAUAUUUGUUCAUGGAGUAAUAUAAAUCAAACAAUAUCAAAAGAUGGCUGACAGCCCAGAGUUAGAGUGAUAUUAGUGCUGAAGAUUGAUUGGGACAUUGUGUCAUGGCAUGAAUGUGACUUGUGUCGUGGCAGGGGUGGAAAUAACUUUAAAAUUGCUAGUGUACUCCGUAACAGUGGCACAUGUAAGAUCACUUGCCCUGAUAAUUUUUCCACUAUAC